AUGACUUUCAAGAAUCUGAGCCACGGAAUUUGGUUCUUUUCGCUUCUUUCGACUGCUCAUUUAUUUCCUAUGAAUACCAGCAGUGACAUAUCGUUAUGGCCGGAAUUCCAUGAGGAAAGUUGCAAAAUCGCUCCAUCUACUCAACAGGUGAAUUUUCUACCACUUUUGAAAUCUCUGAGUGAAUUUUUCCGCAUUGGGAAUUGUUCAAACGCUUGCGGAAAGUUGAUCACUGAGCUAAUUAACGGAAAAGCUGCGUCCAGUCACUGCGUGUGCACCCGAUUCUCCGACGAAACUGAUGACAAACUUAGCGGAGAUUUUGUGGAGACUGCGACUGGUGGAGGGGCACACUGGCAAUUAGCGGCCGACUCGAUUGAUGCCAAAGUAGCGAUGACAGCUUUCAUCGUUUUGCUCACA